AUGGACGACCACCGCGCUCCUCCGCCGCUCCUCCGCCACACCACCACCGCGCAAAUCCUCCGCCACACCUCAUCAUUGUUCUAUUCCCACCUUCUCACCUUCGUCUUCCUCUCCUCUCUCCUCCUCACCUUCCGCUCCAAUGUCCAGAGCGCCUCCUAUUACCUCUCCUCCCUCAUCGACAGCGACCCCUCCUUGAAAUCCCUCCUCUCUCGCCUCGAUUUCUCCGCCUCCUCCCAUCUCCACCACCGCCACCACCCCCCGCUCCGCCGCCGCCGCCGUGCCUUCCUCCACCUCUCCCGCGUUGGAACCCUCGACGACGACUUCUUCUCCGGCGAUUCCGAUUUCGAUCGCUCGUUAUUCCACCCUUCCUCGAGGAAGCACGUCGCCAAUUCCACCUCCGUCGUCCUCUCCGAUUUCAAUCCGGAUUACGGAUUCUCUGAUUCGGUCAUGGAUAACGGUAUUUCUUUCCCCAAAUUGAUUAAACCUGGGGUUUUUAGCUUCAAGCCUGAAUUUAAGAAGAAUGUCACUCUAUUGGAGGAAGAUGAUUCCAAAUUCGUCGAGAGCAGGGUGGAUGAUGGUAAGGCGGUGUUGGAUUUGGAUUUCCUGAUCAAGGGUUUUGAAUUGGGGAAUCGCGAUGUGUCGUCGCUCUUCUUCUUGGCUGGUGUUUUGUCGGCUGCUUAUGCUUAUGUUGUGCUUGCUUUCAUUGUUACAUACACAUGGGGGAAUGGGAUCAUCUUCCUCAAAGUGGUGGAUCAUUUGGUGGGGAAUCAGAGAUCCUUUUUUCGAACAGUUUGGGACGGAUCGAACAUCGGAUUGAAGCGGCUCUCAGGGUUUGUGCUGAUGAAAUGGGCUGUGAAGGAUGCUCUAGCUCAGCUAAUGGGUAUAUUCUUCUUUGGCGAGAUUGAGGAUCAGUAUGUUUUCUUCAAAGUGUUCUUGAGGAUGAAGUUUAUGCCGUUUGCUAAUGUAGCGCCGUGGGUGAUCGGGCACGAGUGGGAGAGCGCAGGGUUCAUGGCGGUUUGGUUCUUGAGCGACGUGUUGCUUGGCUUGCUGUUUGCUGUGGGUUCAUGGGUAGCCAUUGUCGAUUCAAGACGGGGUGGGAGGGAGAUUGUGAGAGAAGGGUGUCACAUGCUGGUUGCUUUGUUCUACCCUGCAUUUGAGAUGAGGUGGAUGGAAGUCAUUGUUUGUGGAUCAGUCGGGAAGUGGGCGUUGAGGCGAGUGUUUGGGGAUUUCGUGGUACUCGUUUUCCAAUCAUCCAUGGAGGUGUAUUUCAUGGUGGCUUGGUUGGUGUUCUACCUUGCAGCAAGACACAAGGAUGAUACUUCACUCGGGAGAACGUUCGGGCGGCGCGAAUUGGAAGGUUUUCUUGAGGUUGCUAGGUGA